GGUGCCAACUCCCUCUGUGCCUGAGCUCCAGCAGGAAGCAGAGGCAGGAUGGAGUGGUGAAUCUCACCCCAACUCACUAAUUCUGUGUCACCUGGCUGCCCCUUCUCCUUCUGAGCAGCCCACCUCCACAUGAGGACAUGUAUUUGUGCCUGGCACCGUUUGGUUUUUUUGGCAUAACUAAAGCUGAUGAUUCAUGUACAACACCCCAGGAGAGAGCAAUGAAUCAAUUGUAAAAGUGUAAAAAAUGGGCUUUUGUGAUCCGUGGGCUCUACCAGCUCCUGAGUGAGAAAUGGCACAGCUGACGUGUGUAAUGUAACAGGAGAAAGAGGUCGCUGAAACGUGCCCCCCCUGCCAGCAGCAGCUGGUGCUAUGCCAAGAGUAACCCUAGAAAUUCUCCAUAAAAGAGCACUUUGACUCAGGUUCUACUAAGAAACUCAAGGAAAGCAACCCUACACCUUGCUAAUCUCUGCAUCUUGGUAAGUGCUGGAGUUGGGGCUGGUCAGGGGAAGCUGUGAUUUAAGAAAGAAAUACUGUGUAUUUGGCUGCUCUGGAAAUGUAGCAACGUAGGUGAAGGAUCCUGGAGCGCUGAGGAUUUGGCUGUUGGUGGGGGACCAGCUGCAUACAAGGGUUAGAAGGGUGGCACUGUGUGUGGGGAGGGAAAGGAGACCACCAGGAGGUGCAUGGAUCAGGGCAUGUUCCAUGCAAAAGACCAAAGUAACGACUCAAUCCCCCCUAAUCCAGGCUGGGAGAUGUGGUUACACUUUAAGUUGCCCAAAUGAGGAGAGCAUUGGCUUCAUCCCAAUAUGGGGAGCAGGGAGAUGACCCCACCUCCAGACUUGUGGGACAGAUUUUGCUCCCCCUGGGCAAACUGCAACCAUCAAACCCAGUUUGUUAAGUCCUAGUGUACAGCAGCCUCAGUGGAAUCUAAAGUUCUUGCAUAAUACAAAUUGUAACAGUUGUUAAUGACACCAGAGAUAAAGCAUAAAAUAAUGCCCCUUUAGGGGCAAGAUUUCUCCCUCGCAAGGCCUGGAUACAGACAAGUCUGUUAAGCUUUUAACCUCCAGCUACAAUAAUUGCAUUUCACCUUACCCUUAACCUCCACAAUAACUGCAUUUUUAUCAAAAAGUUUGAAGUCUAAAUGUUUUAAGAGGAAUUUUCCAUAGGUGAACACCAUUCCUGUUUUGCUGUUGUCCCCAAUUUGCUCUUGCCAAAUGUGUCCAGCAGGGAAUUCCUAUCCUUACCAACCAAGCAAGAAGCAGAUAAAAGGGACAGCAGGCACUGACCAUGGCCCCUGGCGAUGUGAUGUUGUGCAGGGUGACAAAGGUCCUCCACCAGCCCCCUGCCCGGGGGCUGAGCCUCCCUCCUGCAGCCAGGAGAGAAAGGGAUCCCCUCUAAGGAAUCCCGGUUCAACCUUUUCUUCCCAGCAAAACUGCUGCAAAUGCCGUGUCCCGAGGCAGCUCUUUAUACCUGUGUUGAUGUCCUGCCAUACCGGUGCUUUUCAUGGCUUAUUUAUUAACUCCCACCCACUCCUGGGAACACCUAGCCACUCCCUUCAUCCUCACCUAUCCCAGACAUUUAAAGCAUUGAACGGAUGCUAGAAAUAGAGACUUGGCCACAGAGCACCAGAGGAGACAAACAGGCACUGGAGUCGAUUUGCAAAAGGAAAUAUUUCCCAGCUCGCAGCAGCAUGAAAAGCCCUGGGUGCGCUCCAAGGUAAGGGCAGAGGGAGCUGAGUGCUUGGGGUGCUGAACAAAAACUUGUUUUGCAGGAAGCUCUGCUUCAGGUCAUCCCUGGAAGCGGUUAAUAACCUGUAGUUAGUUACAAUUUGCUGCAGGGAAGGGAUUAAUUUUGCCAUUAGUGUUUCUUGCCUGUGUUCCAGGUCUUUUAAUUUAAAAGAACCUUGUUCGUUUGAUGCAGAUGUCUGUUAUUUUCAUCUUAAACCAAAAGAACAAGAAGGGGGUCCCAAGCCUUAAAGCAUCUAUAGCUGCACCUCUAAGAGAGGUUGAUUUCCAUGUUUUCUUCCCAGAGGGGAGAUAGCACAGCAAAGGUGGAAAUGGAAAGGCAAGUGGCACCUCUGGCACCAGCCCUGCCAAGUGCUCCGUGGGUUUUUUGGCUUCUUAGAAUUUUGUGUCUUAGCAGUCAGUUCCCAUGUAGUGCUCAAAGGUCUUCCAGGCUCGUUCAGGUAACUCCAGUACAGCAUUCAAAUUUGGACUUUCUCUCUUGAACUUUGCUUCACCAGAUCUUAGCAGAAUAUUCUGAGCUGGAAGGGAUCCAUAGGGAUCAUCAAGUCCUGCAAAGGACAGCCUCAAAUGCCACACCAAGUGCAUGAGAGCAUUUUCCAAAUGCUUCUUGAUAUUCUCAUAAUUUCCAUUACAUGUAUUUGAAGCAUGGAGUGCCUGAAAUGUAAUCAUUCUCUGCAGAAUUUCAAACAGUUGCCAUGUCUUACUCAUUCUGGAAUGAAUGCUGGAAGCAAGGUCUGUAGCAAAUCCCGCACUGGCCCUGUGCUGUUUUCUGGGAGAGCAGUCACAUUGUGUUCAAAAUACUAUGUAUGCUCCAGGUGAAGAUCCUACAUGAUUUCUGUCAGUAAAAACCCUGAAACAUUUCAAGAGCUCAUUUGUUUCCAAGCACAAGAUGUGCAGAAAUGAUGGAGGCUUGUUGGAAGAGGAGGGAAAGGUGCCAUCAGUUUCCUCUGUGACAGAUUUGUUUAUUCAGCCACCUUAUUCCCACAGUGCGUGUGGGGAUGUCACGCUGGGGCCAGUGACAGCCCUGUGAGUGCAGCUGUGGGUGGCCAAGCCCAGGGGGUGAUGGGGACAGGACUCCAUGAGUGCACUGGCCUGCUCCCUGUGUACCUGCAACCCUCCUCUCAUCCCCAGGGUCUCCAUUUGCCCACACUCCUCCCUGGGGAUCCCCUUGAUCCCUGCCCUUUGCUCUUCCUCUGGACAUUCCUCGCUCGGCUGGGCUGAGGUGCAGCAGAGUUCCCUCCAUGUCACCACUCUGCUUGUUCCCUGGGCUGGAAGGCAGAUACCUUUCCUUCCAUCCUUCCAUCCAUCCAUCCAUCCAUCCAUCCAUGAUCUUUCCAUCCAUCCCAGGCACAGGAACCAGCACCAGGCCUGAUAAUUCAUUGUUUGUCACCUCUGCCAUUUCUGCGUGGGGACUGGCACCUGCACGGACCGUGUCCUGCAGAGAUCAGUCACUCUUUCUCCUUAAAACUGACCAUUCCAGGAAGAAAUAGUUUUGGCCUAGAUAAUUCAAACCUUCGUUCCUCCCUGUGUCUCCAGGGACAAAAUCUAGCUGUUGUUUGGUUUGGGGCAUGUCCAGACAAAAUGGAUCUCUGGGAGCAUUCAGUUAGGCUGGAGAUAGGCUUGGUGUGCUGAAUGUAUCUGAAUAUUUGGAGGCAGGCUGGCACCAUGUAAUCCAUUAUUUAAGCAAACAACUAUUAAAAUAUUGUGGGAUGCCUUCAGGUGAUAAAGUGCAGAGGUCUACAGAGCCUGUCUUCUUGCAGCAGAAGGGAUUGAUAGUUCUUCUAGAGCAUUUUGUGAUCUGGAUUUGUCUUCAGGAUGAUUUUGGGUGUAUGGGAUUUGUUUGCCCCAUAAAACAUCAUUAAGAGUUGGCAUUUUGGGGACACUACCUAAAUUAAUAAAUGGACUGUUACUGCACCCAUUAAACUCGACAGAAAAGGUGCAGCAGGAGGAUGUCAGCUUGGGGAGGACCUCCAGGCAGGCAGGGUGAUGUGCUCUGGAAAAGCAUCAGAUAAAAGACAGCUUCAGUUUAAAUGAAAGACCAAGAUUUGUGCGGGGGCUGCGUGUAGCCUGCUCGCUGCCCAUGGGCUCCUCUGCUUUCUCCUCCCAUCUCAUCUCUAAGGACAGGGUUUUGUCCCACUCCCCUCCCCUUAACAGGCCUGAGGCCAAACAUUUAGUAAAUCCUGAUAAAAUCUUGCCUGCAGAUCUGUCUUGAAACCCUUUGUGCAGAAGUUGUGCUGUGAAUUCCUGUCAGAACUUGGUACCAGCUAUGGAUGGGGGUCUUCCCUGGCUUUGGGAAGGGCUCUUGGAGGAAGGCUUGAAGGCUUCUUUGCUCCCUUUGGAGAGUGGAAACCACAAGUGUGACCAUAGCAUGCUGUAAAUUUAGAUUAUAUCUUCUCAAAACAGUGUAAAGGCUGAGCCAGAUCUGCUACAUUUUGGCCAUGUCUGCAAAUAUGAGAUUCACACAUAGCUAAAAAAGCUUCUAGGGUGAGAGAAGUCAGAUCAAACUUGUUGGUGAAAAAUUCCUUUUAGGUAGGCAUCAAACCUUCAAAAGAUCCACUCUGAGUCCCAGCUGGAGUACACUGGUGAUCAUGGUAUCAUAGGAUUGUUUGAAUUGGAAGAGACAUUAAUGAUCAUGCCACUCCAACCCCCUGCAAUGUGCAAGGAACCUUUGAUACAUCGUGGUUGCUUAAUUAGUGUUGGAAAAUACUCCUCCCUCAUCAUUAUCCGCCCCCACCUUUUCAAAGUGGGGUGUAAUAAAACCAUUACACGUGCUGUUGGGUUAUUUGAUUUUCUGCCUUGAGAAAUCAUAUUUAUAUUGUAAAAGAACCUCAGUUUAGUGGAUUUUUUCCCCUUAGUUUAGUGGGUUUUUUUCCAAUCCCCAUAUUCUGGAGUGAUGUGAUUACAGGAGCUGCUCAGGUUUCUCACCGGGGAAGUCUUUAUACCCCUACAAAGAGCUCGUUUUCUGGUGAAUAAUCUAGGAGUUUGAAUAGUGAAUAAGCUCUAAAGCCCCAGAAAACCAAAAGAAAAGCAAAACAAAAGGCAGCCAAGCAGAGCAGGAGGCUGUGGGAAGAGCUUAGGCUCUGUCUGAAGCACAUUGUGUCUUGCCAAAGGCUGAAUUAGGACAGUAAAAGGGAAAGUGCAAUUUCUCACUGUCUUACCUCUAACACAGCUUGGGGUCCGAAGGUGGCUGCCAAAACUGAUAUUUAAAACUGUGCUCACAUUGAUUAAAGUUCCCGAGGGUAAGAUGUGAAAUGUGGUGGUUUGGAGAAGGACUAUUGGAUAAAAAUCCACUGAAACUUUUUUUUUUCCCCAGGAAUGCCAGGUGUCUCAUCAUUUUCAGCUUCUGCCUGGGACUUUCCUGCCUCUCGGGAUUCUUCCAUAUGAAGAAUAAGAAAUACAGAAUCUCGAAGAGCCACGAGGAGCUGCUGAUCCCUCCCACGCUGUGCCAUGCCAAGACAAACGUCAUGUUCCUCAAAACCCACAAGACUGCCAGCAGCACUGUGCUCAACAUCAUGUUCAGGUUCGCAGAGAGGUACAACCUCACUGUCGCCCUCCCUGCUGACCAGCUCUUCCACCUGGGAUACCCAAGGACUUUUGUGGCCCACUUUGUGGAGGGCUUUGGAACCAUAGGCCAAAAUUACAACAUCAUGUGCAAUCACCUGCGGUUUAACCCCUUGGAGGUAAAAAAGGUGAUGGCAGCCAACACCUUCUACUUCUCCAUCCUGAGGAACCCCAUUCUUCUGCUGGAGUCUUCCUACAUCUACUACAAGGACUCUGUGCCUGCCUUCAGGAGCUCCAAGAAUGUGAACGAAUUCCUGGAAUCACCCACAAAAUAUUACCACCCAGCAGAUUACAGGAAAAACAUCUACGCCAGGAAUAUCAUGUGGUUUGACUUUGGCUACGAUAACAACGCGAAGGAUGACAAGAACUACACCCAGGCUGUCUUGGAGGAGAUCGAGCAGAACUUCCACCUCAUCUUGAUAGCAGACUACUUUGAUGAGUCCAUGAUCCUCUUGAAGCACACUUUGUGCUGGGACCUGGAUGAUGUGAUUUACUUCAAGCUCAAUUCCAGAAGCCAGGACACUGUCCAGACAUUGACUGCGGAAAGUGAGGAGCAGAUAAAAGUGUGGUGCUCGCUGGACUGGAAGCUCUACUUGCACUUCAACCAGAGUUUCUGGAGGAGAAUUGAGCAGACCAUAGGGCUCAAGGUGCUGGGAAAGGAGGUGGAUCACCUGCGGACCAGGCAGAAGGAGCUCAUGGAGACUUGUCUCUCAGAGCGGGAGGCAGUGAGGAAGGAUCACAUCAGGAAUAAAGCUCUUCUGCCUUACCAGUCAGGGGCUGCAAACAUCCUGGGUUACAACCUCAAACAAGACUUGGACAACACGACUCUGAGAACCUGCCAGAAAAUGGUCAUACCAGAGCUCCAGUACAUGUCCUACCUUUAUGCUGUCCAACACCCGCACAAGAAGAGGAAGGAUGUGGGGCUGCCAAUGCUGUGGACCAGUCUCCAGGAGAAGAUGCAGCUCCCAGGGUCCAACUAGGACAUGUGGCAACACACUGCGGCUUCCCACUGCUUUGCAUCACCCCUUGUCUGACAUAUAACUGACCCACAGGACCCUUGUGCAUGAGAGGAAGGCAGUGGGGGCUUUGUUUAGGGACACCAAGUUGGUGGCUGGUCUCUUUUUGGGGACCUUGAGCCAAAGGCUUUGCAUCAUCCAGAUCCUGGGUGAUCCCAGCUGCCUGCUCCUGGCUGGAGGGAGCCAGGCUGGCUGCAGCUGGUCAAGACAUUCCAGCCUCUUAAUCAUUAAUCAGGAGCGUGAUCAUUUGCCUUAAUUUCAUUUUAUUUGAUAUCCAUCGUUGCAUCAGUCUGGUCACAGCUCACUGGAGCACGUACUGACUUUGGAGGGUUUAGGGGACGGGGAGGGGAGUGUGACAAGGGGACGCAGUGCUGGAAGAAGCAGGAGUCCACACUCGUGAAGACUAACCAGCACACGCUGCAGGAGCUGCCUUUGGUGUGGGGCUCUCAGGCAUCCUGCCCAAAGCCGGGCAGCCUGGCUGCCUUGCCCAGUGGCAUGUAAGCCGUGCCUCUCACAAGUGUCACCAGGUGAAUGGGACUCUGUGCUCCCCUGGGAGGGGGUUUCGUGGUUCUGACCUUUGCUCUCAGGCAAGGGUGCCUGGGCAUGGAUGUUCCAUUGGGUGCAGCAUCCCCUUUAUCAGCAGACACCUUUUUGGGGCUCCCAUUGCUGUGUUGGCCAAACUCUCCAGCAGGGAUUAGGAGGGGAUGGAGUGAGGAGCAGCUUUGGGCACACUGGUACAUCCAGAUCCCUACUGCUGCCCUGACCAGCACAAGCAGGAGGAGAUGCUGGCCCAGCUUUAAAAUGUCAGCGUAGGUUGGCACUGAGAGAAGUGUUGGGAGCAGGUGACAAGCAGUGACACCAAAUCCAUUGGGCUUGGUGCUGCCAUCCUCACAAACCUUCCUGGCACUGCCACAGCAGGAUGGGGAGGAUGGAUCUGGGAUCCAGAUGUUGCCUUGGGGGUGAAGAUGUGGGGCAGCAGCUCCAGCUAGGAAGCAGGAAUGAUGCUGUCAGGGGGAGAGGGGUGAGAAGCAGAGCCAGGAUUUUCCUCAGUUGUGUUUAGCAGCUGAGGUAGGGGUUAACCAGCCAAGGUGUCCAGCAGGAACAAUCCAGAUUAAAAGCACUUUCCCUCACUAAAAUUAACCCGAGGCUUUUGUAGCAGCCAGGCGGAGCUGCUGGAGCCACACGUGGUCACCCUGGGCCAUCCCAGGGGCCCUUCCCUGGCAAUUCUCCAGCCUCCAGCUCAGUUUUCCCCUUGGAGCUUCUGAUCCGUGAUUUGCCCUAUGAAUUUUGUCAAGCCCUUUUAGCUAAACUGAUCAUACAGAUGGAAUAUUGGAAUAUUAGAGUAUAGGUAUAAAAAUGGUUCCUUAGUAGCUGAUCUAUGUGUAGGUGGGGGUCCUGGGAAGCCUGGAGAUCCUGGGAGGGCUGAGGUUCCUGGGAAGUUUGUACAUUCUCAGGUGCUGGGGGUCCCGGUAGGGCUGGGGAUCCUGGAAAGGCCGGGAGGGCUGGAGGUCCAUGGAAGCCUGGGGGGUCCUGGGACCCUCUGGACCACAGCUGCCAGGCUGGGGGGCUCACGGCGGGGUGGACUGUGGUGAGCAGGGGCUGGAGCCCCUGGACAGCGAAGUGUAGCCUCUCCCAGCCUGCAGGAGGAGGGGAACUGAGGCAGGAGAUGCAAUUCCCGCCCCAUGGAGCCCCUUGCUUCCCCUGGCUGGGCUCCGAGGGAGGUGUCGCUGCCCGGGCCAUCGGGACGCCUUUGUGCCGACUCAGCAUUCUGCCGGGCACCGCCGGGAGCUCCGUGACCACCGGAGCGGGACCUGCCAGCGGACCGGGCGGCGGCCACAGCUCUGCGGAAAGCCGGCCUGACUCCGUGGGACGGCCGGGGGACACCGGGGACACUCCGGCUGAGCAGGACCCGGUGAGUGCCUUCGCUUUCUCCGGGGGUGUCGCAUCAGCAAAAGCUCCCGAGGAAAGCACAGCUGAGAGUGGUGCGUGACUGCUCCGGCUGAGCCCGCAGAGGAUGCCAUCUCCUCCUGGAAAAUGCAGGGAUGUGUAAGCUGGGGACAGCUGACCUGUCCCUGAAGGAAGGGCUUUGGGAACAGCUCUCACCCGCUGCCGCAGGGACAGGACCCCCCUGUCCGUGCUGUGCACCUCAGGUUCCCCCCUGGAUGAGCCGGGUGCCUUGCAUGGAGGCAGCGGAGGAGCAGGAGCACCCCCUGACCCUGUCACGGUGAGCCUGGGCUGCUCUGGGGGGCUCUGCCCUCCCAGUGCUGCUGGAGGAGAGCAUGGAGCUGCAGGUCCCACCCUGCUCUUUGCUCACUGGCCUUCAUUUCCCGGACAAGCAUCUUAAAGAUUGUUAUAAAUGGAUCAGUCAAUUUAAUAACUAAAGGAAUUUAUUAAAUGGAAUGAAAGUAAAAUUCGGAAACGCUACAAGCAAAUCAGCACCGAGCCAGGUGAUCGGUGCUGGGUGAACAGGGUCUGGGCUAAUGCAGCGCUGUACCCUAGUAGUUCACAGGGUACUGAUUUUAUAGGAUUUUUUAAAUACUAUUUCUAGACUUAGUGGGACUCUGGGGUGGGUCUUCCUGUUUCUUUUUGUCCCUUUUUUCACAUAUUCAUGCAUGUUCUUUUCUUGUGGUGCUUCUAAAUGGAGGUUUUCCCGGAAUACACUGAUUGCUGAAAUCCUGUUAGACAGUAAUCUCUUCAAAUAUUUUGUUCUGGCAAUGAAUAUUUAUCUUAUCAUUCAAGGCAUAUUUUCUAGACAGAAUAAUCCUUCAGUAUAACCGUAUUUUGAGACAGGAAUUCACCCUGUGUAUAUUGCUCUUUCCCAUCACUUGGUUCUAUUAAAAAGACUACUGUA